AUGUCUUACCAAGAACAGCAGUGCAAGCAGCCCUGCCAGCCUCCUCCUGUGUGCCCACCACCAAAGUGCCCUGAGCCUUGUCCUCCUCCAAAGUGCCCUGAGCCUUGUCCUCCUCCAAAGUGUCCUGAGCCUUGUCUUCCCCCAGUGUGCCCUGAGCCUUGUCCUGAGCCAUGUCCCCUUCCCUCAUACCAGCAGAAAUGCCCUCCUGUGCAACUUCCUCCACCCUGCCAACAGAAGUGCCCACCCAAGAGCAAGUGA